UUAAAAGUUGGAAUGAUGUCAUAUGCUUCAUUUUAUGUUGGACUUUCCAGUUUGUUCUAUUAUUCAAUGUUUUGGGUUUUUUUAAAACAUAGUACAUAAACUGUAUUAGGAGAUAAUGCCAAAAGUUACUAAACUUCCUGCUAUACAUUUGGAUCUCUUCUGAAAGAUCCUAUCAUUAAUAACAGAGGUGGCCACAGUGGUAGAGGUUUAGUCACAUUGAUAGAAGGAACAGCCAGAAGAAAUUGAAUCUGGAGAGGAUCUAGCAGAGUUGGAGGAGAAGUAAAUAUCCUCAAAUGUUUGCAGGGAAAUCACAAAGAAAAGCUUAUUUUACCAGUGUCAAGGGGCACAACCUAGUUGGGGAGGAAUUGCAAGGAAGCAGAUUUGACUCAAAGUAAUGACUCUUUCCAUGACUACUAGUUUUGAAAGUCUUGUCUUUCCAUCCUUGACAAUGCUCUAAGCCUUAGGAGGAGCUAUUGUCUGAAGGAUUCAAUAGGGGAGAUCAGCUCCCAUCUUGGGAUGGACUCUAGGGUAUCUACAGGAACAAGAAACUCCAGAGGUUUGUAAGCUCUAAGCCAAUAGAGGGGUUUGUUUAGCCAAUACUUUCUUCCAAAACAAGUCAGGGCAGGAAAUGAAUAUAGGCAAAACAGUCACUCCUCAAUUAGCUAAAAACCACACCUGUAUUUAUCUGACCUGCCUGGGCUCCUGAAGGUAUUCACCAUCCUUGGUAUAUAUUCUAUAGAUUGUCUAGUUCUGUGAAUAUUAAUUCAUUCCGAUGCUUACCAAGCAGGUACUGGAUGCUCAGGUAUUGUGCAAUGUCUGAGAAAUAGCUAGAAAUUUGAGGAUAACAUCUCUGUCAUCAAGAAGGUCACAGUGAGAAUGAAAAAGACAUAGGAUGGAUGCGAACAGGAAGAGGGAACAUGAAUGCUCUAGUCAGUGCCAGGAGGUCUAACCAGGACAAGGGGCCUAAUAUUCCCAGAGUUGAGUGUUUAUACUUGCUAAGAGCAGGAGCUUCAACACUUGGCUAAAUGUUGAAAGAGGAGAGUGGGCCCUGUUGGAGGCACUAGGCUCCCAUGGCAGGUAAUAAGGUCAAGCCAGGCUGUACAUCUGUCCAGCUGUUGUGGAGGAGAUUCUCACGCCAUCAGAUAAAUGGUAUACACAACUGCUAUGUCCCCACAACCCUGGGAUUCCAGGAAGAGAAGCAGUAAAGAAACACAGCAUCAUUUGAAAAAGCUAGCAAAUUGGAAACUUUGUCCAGAAAGUGAAAAAAAAAGAAAGAAAUGAUGAAUAUGAGGUCUUAAAACCCUAUUUCCAUUUCCAUUAGUAUUUUCUGGAGGAGUGAGGGGGUGUCUUAACCCCAUUGGGUUGCUUACAAUUGACCAAAGUAUAGACUUCCUCUCUGACACUGUGCUAAAUACUCAGCCUAUGAUAUACACUUAAUUUCCGUGAUUCUCUGGGAGCUCCUCUAGACACAAAAACACAGCUCUCACUACAAGGGAACCAAGAGACAGUUUAUUCUGAAGCUAUAUAUGAGGGAUCCAGGUUACCCUCAAAUACCAUGUUCUAGUCUGUGAACAGUUUUAUGAAGUUUUGCCGGGGUAAAACUUCAUGAACAAAAGUGACCAUGAAUCAAGGCUCUUUUCAAGCACAUUAGUAGAAAUAUCAGGCAGGUUGUAGCAGAGUAGGAAGCCUCCAAAGCUUCCCAAUGAUAUCCUUAGCCUUUGGGUUCAUGGAAACCCACUAUCUGUUUGUAUAUUCCAGAAGAAUCUUUCAGAGACUUGCAGGGAUGUUUUGUCAAAUACAGAGGUUGACACUGGAUGGCUAAAGAUAAGACAAAAUAAUUUGGCUCCAGAACUUCAACAUUCCAACUCUUCAUCAUCAUGGACAUUGUAAUUAGUCAAUCAGCCCGGAGAAUCUUUGACACAGCUGACAUUAUCUCUACGGUAGAAUUCAACCACACAGGAGAGUUACUAGCGACAGGGGACAAGGGGGGUCGGGUUGUAAUAUUUCAGCGAGAACAGGAGGUGCUUGUGGAGGAGCGAACUCCAGCUGUUGUCUUGGGAUCUCUCCUCCGGGUGUUGAAAUUCAAUCUCCCUUCAUUUCAGAGUAAAAACCAGGUUCAUCGUAGGGGUGAAUACAAUGUUUACAGCACAUUCCAGAGCCAUGAACCCGAGUUCGAUUACCUGAAGAGUUUAGAGAUAGAAGAAAAAAUCAAUAAGAUAAGAUGGCUCCCUCAGCAGAAUGCAGCUUACUUUCUUCUGUCUACCAACGAUAAAACUGUGAAGCUGUGGAAAGUCAGUGAGCGUGAUAAGAGGCCAGAAGGCUACAACCUGAAAGAUGAGGAGGGCCGGCUCCGGGAUCCUGCUACCAUCACAACCCUGCGGGUGCCCGUCCUGAGACCCAUGGACCUGAUGGUGGAGGCCACCCCACGAAGAGUGUUUGCCAAUGCGCACACGUACCACAUCAACUCCAUAUCUGUCAACAGCGACUACGAGACCUACAUGUCUGCUGAUGACCUGAGGAUUAAUCUGUGGAACUUUGAGAUAACCAAUCAGAGUUUUAAUAUCGUGGACAUCAAGCCAGCCAACAUGGAGGAGCUCACCGAGGUGAUCACCGCGGCCGAGUUCCACCCUCAUCACUGCAACACCUUUGUAUACAGCAGCAGCAAGGGGACAAUCCGGCUGUGCGACAUGCGGGCGUCCGCCCUGUGUGACAGGCACACCAAGUUUUUUGAAGAGCCGGAAGACCCAAGCAACAGAUCGUUUUUCUCUGAAAUUAUCUCUUCAAUUUCGGAUGUGAAGUUCAGCCACAGUGGGAGGUAUAUCAUGACCAGAGACUAUCUGACCGUGAAAGUCUGGGAUCUCAACAUGGAAAAUCGCCCCAUCGAGACUUACCAGGUUCAUGACUACCUCCGCAGCAAGUUGUGCUCCCUCUAUGAAAAUGACUGCAUUUUUGAUAAAUUUGAGUGUGUGUGGAACGGGUCGGACAGUGUCAUCAUGACGGGCUCCUACAACAACUUCUUCAGGAUGUUCGACCGGAACACCAAGCGUGAUGUGACCCUUGAGGCCUCGAGGGAAAACAGCAAACCCCGGGCUAUCCUCAAACCCCGAAAAGUGUGUGUCGGGGGCAAACGAAGAAAAGAUGAGAUCAGUGUCGACAGUCUGGACUUUAGCAAAAAGAUCUUGCAUACAGCUUGGCAUCCUUCAGAAAAUAUUAUAGCAGUGGCGGCUACAAAUAACUUAUAUAUAUUCCAGGACAAGGUUAACUAGGAGGACAAGCUAUCACUUAGUCUCACAUACUGAAUACUAGUCAAACAAGUUUUUAAAUGUUUCUUUGGGUCUUCAUUUGAUGCAUUGAGUUUCAUUUCCCUAUGCAUAAAACGAUUGGAAUAGAAUUAAAAAGGAGUUCAAUGUUCCCAGCUCCCCAAUUCUAAGGAACUUUUGUCAAACUCGGUAGGCUCGGGCCACUUCUGUUUAGAAUCGAGAGCUGCCAACUGGCACUAAUUCUUCCAUAGUUGACUUGAAUUUCUGAUGCGUUCAUUCAUUGCUCGGUUUCAUCUGGUGGGUUCCGUGUUUUGUUUCUAGGUGUCUGCUGCGAUAAAAUGAGAUUGUCUGUAGUAUUUAAGGAGAAAAGAGAUAAGGUUUUGUUUUUUUUUUUUUUAAUUAAGCAAUUCCAUUUGUUUGAAAAAAAUCAACAAAAAAAUAAACACUGUUUACUCUUAGAGAGUUUCUCUUUGUGAAAAAAAUCAGGCCUAGCCAGUAUAUCUCCUCUGCCUUCCCAUCCAUUUCCUUUUAAACAGUUCUACUGAAGCCAGAGACUUAUUUCACAAGGCUGAGAAAAGGGUGCCGAAUGGGAAGGGAGGGGACACCAUGACACUGUUCUCUCUUUUGGUAAGUGCCAUAGAAACAGCCUGGGAAUGUAAUGGCCAAAGCACCACAAAGCUUUAGGAAACUUAAAGAGAAUCCUUUCUCCACGGGGGUUCCCAGAGUUUGCUUGGCAAGGCCAGUGGAGACCAGAUCCCUACCAUUCCUUGUUACUCUUGCUUUUAUUUUUGUUUCCUUUUAAAUGGCUCCAUCUAAUCCCUGCCUCCACAGUCCUUGGCUCUUUCCCUUCAGCCUCUGCCAGAGGAUUUGCCCAUUGACUUUUAAAGGCUGCGCCCUGGUUGCUUAGUACCAGGAGGUCUCAAUAAAGCAGUGAGCAUCGCCCUCCUCCAAGAAA